CAAACUUUUGUACAUAAACGAAAAACGUCAAGUCCUGUCAAGUGUUUCUAUUAACAUGUUGCCGCUUUUGUUGUUGAAUUUUUAUUAAAAUUACACAUUUCGUAAGAAAAUGUGAUUCUCCGCUACGUAGCAGCGGAGGGGCACUGAAACGUCGCGAUGCGGAAAUACAACCGACAGUUAGACUGUGGAACGUGAUUUUGGGGCCCACAGUACAGGCGAGGAAACAUGUCCAAGUCGACGGAGUUGGACUCCCUACAAACAGUCUUUUGGCUACAACAAACCGACAAGUUGAACACAUUUGCCAAGAUGUGGUAUCACGUCUUUCUGUGGGCCUUGUUUUCAUCAAUUUUUGUUCAUACGGUAGCGGGAUUAAUAGCGUUUUUAACACUGCGAAAACACAAAUUUGGUAAAUUUUUUCCAAUAGCAAUUUUAUUAAUGGGCGUUGUAACCCCCGUAAUGUCCGGGAUAAUAAGCAGUGCAGCUAUAGCGUGCGUUUAUCGCUACUCGAGUCUGCCGAUGCAACCGCUGUACGCUUUGUUUUGGGGCGUUGGCCAAACGGUCCUGUCGGCUUGUAUAGGGUUCACCCGGAUCCUUGCUACACUCUAAUUUCUACUUGCACCGGCAUCGCACCGCUGAAAAGAGAAAAAGAGGCGCGCAAAAAUUAAACCAAAACGAAAACUCCUAUCAUUAUAUCAAUUAAACAAUCGAUUAUUAAAUAAUUUAUUAAAAUAAAUCACCGAUGAAUCAUUAAAGGGGACGAUUUUUAAUGAGUUUAAGUGAGGAAAUAAAAAUGGAAGGAAAAAUAAAUGUGAUGGUGCUACACGGGCAUAAAGUUAUAUUAUUAGAGUAUUUUGUAUUGUUUCUUAUAUUUUUUAAGUAAUUUUUUUUAAUUGUUUUGGUUGUAUUUUUCAUUUGUAUAUUUUUUAUUAUAGGUAAUUGUAUAAAGUAAACACUAUUGUCGUAGAUUUUAGGGAUAUUUUGUAUAUAUUGCACUGUAAUAUAUUAGUACGUAAUUAAUAAAGAAUACCAAUGAUUUUAA